AUGGAAUUUAACGAAAAUGAUCUAUAUUAUAGUAAUAAUUCAAACGAUUUAAAUUCCAAAAAACUUGAAACUCAAUUACAGAAAGCAUCAUCAUUGAAAAAACAUAUUAACCAGAAGAAAAACGAAAAUAAGUCAUUUUCUGAAUCUAAGCUACAGAAUUUAAACAUAAAAAAUAGAAAUGGAGAUAAAAUAAAAAAUCUUAAAUCAAAAAACUUAACAUUAAUAAAAGAUAUUUUACCUAAGAAUUCAAAGCAAUCCAUUAAUAACAAAAAUAAACAUCAUUUAAAUACAAAAAAACAAUAUUUGUCAGGAAACUUAAAUCAAAAAAUUUCCUUUAAUACAAAAUAUACACAAUCAUCCUUCGAACUAAAAAAAUCUCCAAAUAAUAAUAUAUUAAUAGAAUCACCAAAAACUCCAAACAAAAAUAGUAAAAAUGUAUUAGAUUUUUCAAAAGAUCAAUCUCAUAAAAAUAAUACAUGGAAUUUUCUUGAUGAUUUUGAUAACUCUCCUUUAAGAACACCAAGAAGUAAACAAAGAAUUAUAGAUUCAUUAGAACGUGACAAACUAAAGUCUCCAUCGUGCGUAGAGACACCUAAAUCAAAAGCAGUGUCUAUCAAACUAUCUAGUCCUUUAUCAAUGAAUGAAGAUUCUAAACCAUUGAAGAUACACCAAAACAUAUAUAUAUAUAAUGACUUAGUAAAUACAUCAGAUAUUCAAAAUACAUAUGCAAAACAAAGAAGUUUCAUUGCAGAACCAGUAGAUGAUAUGGAAAACAUUUUCUCUUCAUAUAGUAUUGAUUUAAAAAACCAUUUAAAUAAUAAACUAAAUUCACAAAAUUCUGAAACAUAUAACUUAAAUAUAAAAAACAUUCAUGAACUUCGAAAUUCAGGAAUUAAUAAAAAAUAUCUUGACGAAAUACAAUAUUUAAUAGAUGGGUUAAAUAAAUGCAAUACAUUGAAACUCAGACAAUCAUGUUAUAUAGAACUAGCAAAAAAGAUGAAUGAAACGGAAUUCUCGAGAAAUUUUAAAUCUGGAAAUUUUUAUCAUCAACUUCUUGAAAAUUUUGAAAAAGAUACAAAUAUAGAUAAAAAAUACGCAUAUGCUCUUAUAUCAGAUGAUAUUACAUUUGAAAUUAUCUUUUUAGGACUUUCAUAUGAUAAAGACAUAAUCGAGUUAUAUAAAUCAGAAAACCAUAAAACGUGUAAAUACAUACAUGAUUCACUUAUCGAUUUAGUGGAAACAGUAAAAUCUAGUAAUCUACACAUUGACUAUAAUAUAGAGUCAUCAUGUUACUUUUUUUCUAUUAAUGCAAUCAAAAGUAUUACUUUUUUAUCAACAUGGAAAACAUCAAAUCACCUUGAGAAAAUGGCAUCUUUUGACUGUAUUUCGGUUUUUUAUGAUAUUAUUGAUAAAAUAUGUAAAAAAAACAUAAAUGAACAAAUUUAUAUUAUAGAGAUUAUUAUAAAUUCAAUAGAACAUUAUAGUCUUGUCAUGAAUUCAGAUAUUCAUAUAAAAAAAAUAUCAAUUAUUAUUACAUUACUUAUUAGCGACUUAUUUAAUAACUCUGAAAAAAAAUAUAAGUCACGCAUUUUUCAAUCAUCUCUUCGUCUAUUAAUCAAUCUUACUAAUAACAAUCCCUCUAUUUGUGAUGAAGUGGCUCAUUCAAAAUUUAUACAAAUCCUAAUUGAUACCAUAAUAUCAAGAAAAGAUUUUUCAGAUCCAAACCAAUCUUCAGACAAUACUUUGUUAACUCUAGGGCUUCUAAUCAAUAUAAUAGAAAAAGGAUCAAAAAUUAAUCAUAUUUUAAAACAAUAUGAUACAAAAAAUACACUCUUAGGGUUAGUUACUGUUGAUCAAUUAAUAAAUACAUUUAAUGAAUGGAAAGAUUAUUCUUAUAAUACAGAAAAUAAUGUUGCUACAGGAUAUUUAGCAAUAUUGUUAACACAUUUAUCCCUAAAAAACAGCAAUUCUGAAGAUAAUUUUUUAUCAAAAUAUAUUCGAAAAAAAUUACCUAAUAAUUCAUACAAUAUUAUCAUUAAAUUCCUACAAGAAUUUGCACAAUUUAACAUGAAAAUAGAAGAAGCGGCAGGGACUUUUGGAAUAAAACCAUCUGGAGUAGCAGAUGAAAUACAAAGAAUAUCAGAAAUUUUGUAUGACCUUGAAUCAAAAUUAAUUAUGCGUGAAUAA